AUGGGGUCGGUGGUGCUGCCGACGCUGCGGCGGAAGCGGGAGGUCGACACCGCCAUCCGCGACACCCUCGACAAGGUCCUUGUCCUCCGAUUCGGCCGCGCCUCCGACGCCGCCUGCCUCCAGCUCGACGACGUCCUGGCAAAAUCUUCUUGGGACAUAUCCAAAUUUGCAACGGUAGCAUUAGUUGACAUGGAUUCUGAGGAGAUUCAGGUGUAUGUUGACUAUUUUGAUAUCACGUUGGUCCCAGCAAUCAUUUUUUUCUUCAACGCUCAUCACAUGAAAAUGGAUUCAGGGACACCUGAUCAUACAAAAUGGAUAGGCUCUUUCAGCAGCAAGCAAGACUUCAUUGAUGUAGUCGAGUGCCUUUAUCUGAGAUUUUUGGUAUGCAAUUGUCUCUGCGCAACAAAAAACUUAGUUGAUUCAAGGCAGCAGAAGAACUCAUCUGUGAUGGCAGUGUUCAGGGGCGCGAUGAAAGGCAAACUGAUAGUGUCUUGCCCACUUCCACCAGAGAGGAUACCCAGAUUCCAGCUUCUUUUCAAGGAUGUGUAA